AUGCCGAUUAAAAAAGGAAAGAAAGCAAAGGGAAAAGAAAAGAACGAUGGCAAGCUAGAGUCGAAACGCGUUAAGGUAUCUGAUAUAGAGAGGGCAAAAGCAAACGCGGCUCUGUGGGAGGCCAGGUGUGAUCUGACCGAGAGUUCACGCGCGGAGGACCGUGAAGCAGCGCGAAGACUGAGCCAAAUCAACCAGCAGCUCACUGCUCUACAGCACCACACUGAGAACAACAGCAUCGAGAUCGUCGCUGUUCUGAGGAACAAACACCUGCAAAACGAGGACAAGAUAAAGGCACUGGAACAACAAAUUCAGCUCGAGAAAACAAGGGCUUCUCAGGAAAAGGAGAAUCUGGCCAUUCAGUACACUCUAAAGAUCAGUGAGCUGGAGGAGAAGUUUAAGAACAGAUCUAGUGAGUUCGACAUGAUUCAAGAGGAGCUUAAGAUCAUCAAUGACUUCCUUAAGAAAAAGCCUCAAAUGGAGCAAGAACUCAAAAAUCUGAAAGAAACUUUGGAAAAUGCAGAUCUAGGACACAAGAAAACACUUGCAAGAAUGGAGCAAAAGUUCUUCAAUAAUAAGGUUUUUCUAGAGAAGGAAGUUGAGCAAAAGAUUGGUGUGCUUGCAGAAAGGGCUCACAAUGAAUCCAUCAGACAGCUGGAUGAUGCAUCUCGCUCAGUGUUCAAGGAGAAUGUGCGUCUAAAUAAGGCAUUGGGUUACCACAUCGAAAAGGUAGAGGAUCUGCGGAAGAGAAAUACAGCACUGGCUGAAGAGAACAACAUCCUUAGUUUGCAUAAGGAGAUGAGGCAGGACACCUCUAAUGUCACAAUAUCUAAGCUUGCAGCCCAGCGGACCACUGUUUCUGAGCUGAGGGCAAAGGUGUUCACACUGGAGCAGGCCCUGGCCAGCAUGGUGGCUGAGUUUGAGUUGGAGAAGGCUGAUAUCAAGCAGCAUGCUGCAGUCAGGUCUCAGGCUGGCGGUGUAGAGCUGGACAAACUGCAGAAGCUUCUGAGUGUACGGGACAGGGAACUGGGCAGAGUGAGGAGAAUAGCCCGCAGCGUAGUGGAGCAACGAUCAGAUAUGGAGGUCCACUUCCAUGAGGCUUUGAACCAAGUGAAACAGGAGAUGCUAAUGCACAGACAGGAAGCAGAAGUGAAUCAUAGCAGGAGGAUGGAUGAGGCUGAAAAAGGCAGUCAGAAGAAAGCCAAAGUGAAUAUAUCAGAGAUGACCUGGGAGCAAAGAGAGAGAGUUCUCAGACUGCUCUUUGCUAAAAUGAAUAGCUUGACAUCGAAGAAACCAAUUCAUGCUCCAGCUCUGACAGAUUCUGAAGGGAACUGGUGUAGCAGCAAUCUAGGGAGUGAAGAGGAGGAAUCCCAUGUGACUUUUUUAACCCAAGAACCAGUUUCCAGCAUGAGCUCCAGUGGAAACUGAAAAAAACUGGAAAAAAACUGGAAAAGUGCUCUGCCAGACCUGUAGAUCAUCUGACCGAAUCACAGAUAAGAGAGCUAAAUAAAGUCAAAGUAUAAGUUAAAUAUUGCAUAUCAGCUAUGAAAUACCAGCAAGUGUUCAUGUGUGUCUAAACUGCAACUUAAGAAAAAAAAAAAGAAGACUUGAAAUGUCAUGGCAUAAAUCCACCCCACAAUACAUCCCCCCACAAUGCAUAAAUCCACCCCACAAAACAAAUGUCCAAGUCUAUUUACAUUGCAAACAAACAAUUCAAACAGUAUUUAAUAUAAAACAAAAUGGCCAUAACUUUAACCCUUUUUUAUUCAUGUCUUCUGAUCUAGUCACAUUGCUGAAUUAUUUCAUAGACAUUGAAUUACAGCAUAACUAAAUGUAACUAAAAUAACAUUUUAGUGGGAAGAUGGUAAACUUUUUAUAAUGUAAGCUAAUUUUCCUAAGAAAUUAUUUAUUUUUGAAAAUCUAAGAAAUAUUUUGUUUCAUUAAGCAAAUGUACUGUAUUAGUUAUUUUACCUACAAAACAAAUGUGUGUCAAUGUUGUUUUUAGACCUUUUUAUGCUGUAAAGAUGCUGCAUGU